UUUCCUUUUGCAAUGCAGAUUUCUAUUAAGACUUUGAAGGGAAAGAGCAUAAACCUAGAGGUUGACGAUAGCUCCAACUCCAUCGACCUCAAGAUCCAUGGGGAGCCGAUGCGUGGAUUGGUUUUGCGUCUGGGUCCUGUUCCGGAUCCUAGUCCAAGUGAAGCCUUUCGGAUUUUUGUAUCAACUCUCGGAGGUACUACUUCUACCUUCAUGGUUAAGAGGUCCGUUACCAUUGGAAAAAUCAAGGCCAAGAUUGAGGAGAAGGAUGGCAUUCUAGUGAAAGAUCAGAUAUUGAUAUUUGAAGGCAAGCGGCUCGAUGACAGUCUCACCAUAGCUGACUGUGAUAUCGAGGAUGAGUCGACACUUCUCUCGAUGGUAGCUCAAUGCGGUUGCUAAAAUGUCUCUCUGUUUAUUUUCCAAAACUUUUAUCUAUAUCAGUUCCAAAUACAUGGUGUUCGAUUUCCAAACACUAUUCAGUAGAUGUUUGAUUCAUUCUGUGUCGUGAC